GCAGGCAACGGCUGAGGCGGCGGCGGCGGCGGCGUGGGUCGGGAGGCGGCGGCGGCACUCAGACUCCCCGGAGCGGGAGCCCACGCGGGCGGGCGCCUGAAACAAAGAGAAGCGGGAGUCCGGGCGCCGCGGGUGGGCGGUCGGUCAGUCGGUCAGCGCCGAGCCGGCCAGCGGCUGUCCGCGCAAACCCUCCCCCCCACGAGCCCGGCCGGCCGGCACGGCCCCUCAGGGCGAGAAGAUGCCGCGCGUCGUGCCCGACCAGAGAAGCAAGUUCGAGAACGAGGAGUUCUUCAGGAAGCUGAGCCGCGAAUGUGAGAUUAAGUACACGGGCUUCAGGGACCGGCCCCACGAGGAGCGCCAGGCGCGCUUCCAGAACGCCUGCCGCGACGGCCGCUCCGAGAUCGCUUUUGUGGCCACAGGAACGAAUCUGUCUCUCCAGUUUUUUCCGGCCAGCUGGCAGGGGGAACAGCGACAGACACCUAGCCGGGAGUACGUCGACUUAGAAAGGGAAGCAGGCAAGGUCUAUCUGAAGGCUCCUAUGAUUCUGAAUGGAGUCUGUGUUAUCUGGAAAGGCUGGAUUGAUCUUCAGAGACUGGAUGGUAUGGGCUGCCUGGAGUUUGAUGAAGAGCGAGCCCAGCAGGAAGAUGCACUAGCACAGCAGGCCUUCGAAGAAGCUCGGAGAAGGACACGUGAGUUUGAAGAUAGAGACAGGUCUCAUCGGGAGGAAAUGGAGGUGAGAGUUUCACAGCUGCUGGCAGUAACUGGCAAGAAGACAACAAGACCCUAGUCCUGGUUCCAAUUUAGGUGGUGACGGCCUCAAGCUUCGUUAAUGCUAGCGCAGCCAAUGAGCUGCCCGUCUGCAUAGACACAUUGCUUCUAGUUGGUGGAAAUAAUUGAUUAAAAGACCAGAAACUGUGAUAACUGGAGGUACUACGAUCUCUUUCUCAACCUUAGGCAGUAACAGACAUCACAGACUGCCAUGGUUUUGCACUAUGAUUAAAACUGCAUUUCUAGUUUUUUAAGCAUGUAGCCAGUAAUGAUUUGAUAUUUUUUUUCUAUGCAAGCUUAUCUUGUUGGCAUUACUUUAGUGAAUUGAAACUAUCCACUUGUGAAGCUGUUUUCCUCCAUUUUAAUUUAAAAAUUUGUGUCAUUUAAGAACAAGUCAAGAAAAUAAAAUUUAUUUCAGAGGGAUUUCUUCCCUAAUCAAUUGCUCAAUUUUUUUUUUUUUUUUACUUUUAGAUGUGAUUGUUAUACAGCUUUAUUUUAGAUAGGCAUUGUUGAGGAUUUUGUUUUCCACAUUUCCUUUUUUGUUUUCAUAGUCUGUAGCAUUUUAAAACUGCUGACGAAUUUGCAUUAUUUACAAGCUAAAAACCUAGUAGCUUAGCGCUGUCUGCCACAGCCUUCCAACAAGAAGUUUACAGUUGUUAAAGUUGCAGUAUCCUUUUAAGUGAUAAUGAUUAGCACUCUUUUCUCUCCUGUUUAAACAUAGAAAUUUUGUAAUUGGUUUUAACUCUCAUCUGCCCCCAGUCCAUUUUAGAUUCUAUUCUGCAUUCGUGAGUUUAAAUGGAGAUAUCCACUCUCAAUACUAAUUUCCUACUGAGAUGCCUAAAGAAGUCACAAGUUGGCUUCUGUUUUAUUCAGGGAUUUUCUUUAAAGUCAGUCAAAAAAAGGGAUACUGCAACUUCUUCAUGUAACAACAUAUUAAACUGGAGACAGUGAUGAGUCAGCUACAGAGGUAAUAUUGUAUUAAAAUCAUGUUUAAGAUAGCUGCUUUUUUGUGUAUUUUAUAUUGCAUGCUUUUGUAAAAACAAUGCCAGAUGAUAAAAUAUUAGUCUUAGAGGGAAAAUGUUCAUCUGUGUAGAAGAUACAUUUUCUUCCAUUAAUUAUUCUGGAAAAAGCAUUCAUGUUAUGUAUGGUAUUUUGCAAAAGGACUAUUAACUGUACUUUGGAGAUGAAUUAGUGUAAGAAUGUUUUUAAAUAGGCUUAUUAUCAAAUUGAAUGCAAUUUUUUUUAAUGCAAAACUGGAAAAAAAAGUGCUAAGUCAUUUGGCACCUACUUACAAAUAGGUGUCUUGGUCACAUUCAUUAAAUGUGACUACAUUUCUGAAGUUUUUCAAAAAUGUAUUUUAUCAUAAUAGAAUGGCAUUAUUUUAAGAGUGUAAAGCUGACAAAGUGAAUUCAGAGAAUGAAUUGAAGUCAUUAAGGUCAUUCAUCGCAUUGAAAAAGCAUAUAUACUUGAUUACUGAGGGAGGUGUGACUUUCAUUGUAUAUAGGACUUAUAAUUCAUAAACAGAUAUCCUGUAUCUCAAAAUAAAGAUAUUUGUUAUAUAUUUGAAGUCAUGCAUGGUAAGGAGUAUUUAGAUUAUUAUAAACAGUAAUGCAUCAUGAAAGAUGAUGCUGAUGUUGUAACUAAGUACAGUGAGUGAAUUUGGUUGGUAUUUGGUAUUGUUCAGCUCACAUGUUUACACACUCAGUGCCCUAACUUCCCCUGAGGGAAUCGCCUUUUUAAGUGAUCCUUACAGUGGUGUUUUAGGUUACUUUAUCGUGGAGCUCCUUGGCUUUUGAUUUCUGCACUUAAUUUUUUUUUUUUAAAGAACAUGAUGAUGACACAUUUUUCUCUUUUGCUUCUAGCUGAGGACUUUCAGUCCACCAGUAAAUACGAUCAAAUGUUAUUAAGUGUUCCUGUUGCCAUCCUCUGUAAAUACAGAAUUUUUCCUGUCAUUUAAUAUCGCGCUGCUUCUGUCUGUCUUAAUGCUGGCAUUAAGAUCAUGAGCCCUUUAUCUCCAGUACUGCAGGCUUUGGAACUACUUUUAUUAAGUUAUUGAUGCAAUUUGAUAUUUUUUUCCUAAUCUGUAUUUAAGCAAAAUUACACCAUUGCAUCAUCUUUUCUAAAUUCAUCUCCAUUAAAACUUGCCUUAAGCUAUCAGAUUGUUUUUACUACCAUUAGCCAUGCUGUGUGUUUGUAUGUUUACUUUCACAAUAAACUUCUGUGUAGUGAAAA